AUGAGAGCCUCCCCGUGCCUUUACAAUUCCGCAGCUGCCCUCCGGAGGGUGUUCCUCGACAGCGCGUCCGCUCCAGCACCCCUGCUGCUCCAGACAGUCCUACUCCCUCGCCUCUCAGUUGCCGCCGCGACUGCUGCCGUCCUCAACAACCAGACACGAUGCGCGUUCUCGACCCAAAGCUCUCUCCAGGCGAAAGCGAAAUUCUUUGGAAUGCGCAAGGCAAAGUCGAACGCACAGCAGGAGAACCUACCGCGCGAUCUCGCGAUUAAAGUACCCUUUGUACACCUGCGUGGCCUGGACGGCAAUCUCUCAGGAAAGCAACGGCCAGCGGACAUCAUCAGCCGGCUGGACCGCGAACGUUACAGCUUGGCGAUGGUGUGGCAGCCGCCCAGGCCCAAGCCCGGCGACCCGGAGGUCCCCAAAAACCCCGACCUGCCCGAGUGGCCCGUGUGCGUCAUCAUCGACCGCCGCGCCGAGGCAGAGGCCCAGAAGGCCAAGGCUAAGGAGGAGCGCAAAAAGCAAGUGACCAAGAAGGAGCUGGAGAUCAACUGGGCGAUUGCGGCGCACGAUUUGGGAUUCCGCACGCGACAGCUCCAGAAGUUCCUGCAGAAGGGACACAGGGUGGAGGUCAUGCUGCUGCAGAAGAAGGCCAAGGGACAGAAAACUAAGCAGGCGACGGGCGAGGAGUGCAAGGAAGUUGUGCGCUUGAUCAGGGAGGCGGUUGCCGAGGUGCCAAAGGUUCAGGAGGUGAAGGCCAUGGAAGGUGAGCUUGGAAAGGUGGUGCGGAUGGUCUUCCAGGGCCCUACACCCAAGAAGGAGAAGGAGAAUGCGGCGGCUGAGGAGGAGCAGAAUGAGGAAAAGGAGGAGAAGGAGGAUGAAUAA